AUUUCUUUCACCAUCCCGAUCCAGCAAACUAAAUAUUUAAUGUAGUUUUUAAGUUAAUAUUUUACAAUGUGCGUGAUAAUAAUAUAGUUAUCAGUUGUUAAGUGACUAAUCUCUCACGAAGACUUACUGUCUUUUUAAGAAAAUCAUCAUAAUGGCAGAUUACGGUAACGCAAUUACUUCGAGCCAAGAAAGUGAUGACAUUGAGAUGGUUGAUUCAUCAAUAGUUCAAACACCUAUAGGUGUAGUUCAAGACAUUAAUGCGCGUAAAAUUGAUUUGUCUGAUGAAUGUAGGAAACGCCCUUAUCUUGAUGGAAAGUUUUUUGUGCCAGAUCUCAAUCAGUCAACAUUAAAUGGUACAAUUGUCGGGAUUUGUCAAAUAUGCCGAACUGAAAAUAAUAAAACUCAUAGCAUUAAAGGAUCAUUCCAUGUACCAUCAAAUUAUAGUUCGCAUAUUAAGAAAGUUCAUCGAGACAAGUAUGAUGGAUAUAAAAAAUAUGUUUCUGCAAAAAGGCAAAAAAAUAGUGAAGAGAAGAAAGAUUUAAAAACAUAUUGUAAUUUCUCACAAGCACGAUUCGAAGAAAAUGUUGUUAACUACAUACUCGAAACGUUAAUUCCAUUUAAUACUGUAGAGUGUGAAGCUUUUCGUAAAAUAUUUGAUGAUAUGACAAUAAAAAAAGGUAGAAAAGAACUAAGUCAUUUAUCAGCUCGUACUGUAAAACGCAGAGUAAAAGACACAUUCAAUCAAAAUAUGGAACUUUUGAAAUUUAUGAUGAAUAGUGCUGAAUAUGUCUGCACAACAGCUGAUGUAUGGACUAGCAAAAGUCGGCGGUUCUUAGGAAUGACUGCACACUGGAUUGAGAAAAAUACCUUAGAGCGUAAGUCAUACGCAAUUGCGUGUUGUCGAUUUCCUGGAACCCACUCAUAUGAUCAAGUAGCCAGAAAAAUUGGUGAUAUACAUUCAUUUUUUGGAUUAGAUAAAGAAAAAGUAAUUGCUACAGUGACUGAUAAUGGAUCUAACUUUGGAAAAGCUUUUCGUCAAUUCGGAGUUAGUUUUGAUGACUUAUCAGCCUGCGAAGAGAGUCGUAAUACUCAAGAAUCAGAUUCCGAUGAUGAUAAUAGCACUGAUGAAAAUGAUUACGGUGAAGUUGAACCAUUUAUGUCUCCGAACGAAAGACAGCAUGAAGAAAUUCUACCUCAUCAUAUCCUUUGUGCUAGUCAUACACUUAAUCUGGUAGCUACUACUGAUGCACUGGCUUGUAUAAAAUCAUCCAAGCCGUUGGAGUCAGCGUAUACCAGAAUGAUUGAGCGUUGCAAUUGUUUAUGGAAAUUGACAUCUUCACCAAAAAAAUAUGAACAAAUGAAAUCUAUUCUCAAUCAGAGCCUUAGAAGACCUGUUCCUACACGCUGGAAUUCCCUGUAUAAUUCUAUCUUACAAAUUUUCGGCUUAAAACAGAAGCUGUUGGUCUGCAAUAAAGAGUUAGGUGUCAUAAAUCCUCUCGAUGAGCUUGAUUUCAGAUUUAUGGAAGAAUGGCUCCACUGUAAUCAGCCGAUAGCUCGUGCCAUUGAUAUUUUACAGGGCGAUCAAUUAGCUUGCUACGGAUAUUUGCUUCCCUCACUAAUAUCUAUUAAAAAUAAAUUAAUAGAUUGUAAAGAAUUAAAAAUGCAAUUCUGUCUUAAACUGGCUGUGGGGUUAGUAAAAGCUAUUGACGUCCGAUUCAAGAAGAUUUUUCAAGUUGAAGAGGAAGGAAAAAUGGCUGCAGCAGCUGCAGCUUCUCAUCCAUUAUUUAAAUUGGAUUGGCUUGAGUCAUUAAGUGGUGCAGCUCAAACAAAUGUUUUUAAGGCAAUGAAAGAAGCUGUGAAUUCUGUAGACUCAAGCCCGCCACCUGAAGUCAAAACUAUGGUCAAGAAUAAUGAUUUUUUUGACUUUAGAAAUCGUUCUGGUUCACAGGAACAGCGGGUAUUAGAACCAUUUGGAACCACAGAUCCAGAAGUUCUAUUUACAAAGCAUACCAGCGAAAGCCGAACCGAUUUAGAAUUACUUAACUUAUACCCGGUAGUAAAAGAUAUUUUUAUUAAAUAUAAUACAAUUAUACCCUCGUCAGCACCUGUUGAACGGUUAUUCAGUUAUGCUACAAUGUUUAAUUUACCAAAAUACAAUAGGUUAAGUGACGAUAACUUUGAAAUGAGAAUACUGAUGAGAUGCAAUGCAAGCAUUUCAAAAAAAAUACACCCGAAAAAUAGCUGCACCCGAAAAUAUAGUUCACGAUACCGAAAAAAUUAUCCUGUUGAAACGGCAGCUAUUAAUUUUAGUAUUGAGGGGUUCCUCAUCACGAUUUCCUACUUCCCAUUUAAUUUACAUGGGAAAAUUUGUUUUUUAAAGUUAGGAAUUUCAUCACUCAUUAGUGAAUAGAAGUAUUGGAAAAAUGAAUAAACGCUUUUGUUGGAAAUUGAACGCUCUACAAUAAAGGUCUCUUAUAAUUUUUCGAUAACUUUAAUUUUUCAAAAGUUAUUCAAGGUCAAAGUUUGAUUAAUAGUAAAUUUUACUACUAUUCAAAUUUUUCUGUAAAA